AUGAUUAUUAAGUUGGUGGCUAGAGAGUACACCCUAAACAUCGUUAGCGCCUAUGCGCUACAUGUGGGCCUAGAUGAGGAGGUUAAACGACGCUUCUUGGAGGAGUUAGAUAAGAUUGUGCGCCAGGUUCCGCCUGCUGAGAAGCUAUUCAUAGGAGGAGAUUUCAAUGGACAUAUUGGGUCGACUGCUGGUGGUUACGGCGAGGUGCAUGGAGGCUUUGGAGAGAGGAACGGAGGACGUACCUUGCUAUUGGACUUCGCUAAGAGCAGUGACGUUCUUGUGCACUACUCAACCUCCUUUUUUUCUUCCAUCAUGGUUACUGAUGCUGCUUCUGCAGGGAAAUCUACUGACGUCACAGCAGUAGAUCCCAAGACCACCGUCAUGGAUUCCAGUCACUCAUAUUAUCUUCAUUCCUCUGACUUUCCACGGAUAAAUCUUGUGAAUUUACCAUUUGAUGGCAGAGGUUAUGGAAGCUGGCAUAGGUAA